UUCUUUUGAGAAAAAAUGUCAGUGCAUUUUUCUAAAGCGUACUAUAUUGUUGUUUCAGGCCAUGAGGAGAAAGACUUAAUUCGAGCCAGUGUAGAUGCAAGGAAAAAUUCCUAUUCUCCUUUCAGCAAGUUUGCUGUUGGGGCUGCUCUGAAGUGCGAGGACGGGACGAUAGUCACGGGCUGCAACGUUGAGAAUUCGUCGUACGGCCUCUCCAUAUGUGCAGAACGGUCAGCCAUUGUGAAAGCAGUCAGUGACGGGUAUAGGAGGUUCACAUCGAUAGCAGUUUGUGCGGCACUACCCAACGAUAUGUUCACUGCGCCCUGUGGGGCUUGCAGACAGUUCAUAUCCGAAUUCAGCAACAAAAAAGAUAUAAUCAUCUACUUGACACGACCCGACAUGAAAAAAGUAGUCGUUACGUCUAUAAGAGAACUACUUCCGUUCAGUUUCCAAUUAGACUCGUUACAGUGAUUUUCACAGCAAAACUUUUCUCUAUUUUGACGAUCGAAUUUGUGCGAAUAAAUUCAUUUUUAAUGCAUGAA